GUGGCGUUCUUUUUUACAGUUAAUUACUGUGUACAUGGGAGAAGGGAAGUGUGGAGGCCAUGCAUGGGGUGGUUAAAGGGCAUUUUGUAGAGUCAGAUGUCUGCUCCCUUUAAGUGGUUUCUAGUUUGUAGGGCCCUGCAUCUCAAACACCUUCAUCUCCUGAGGUUCCAGUCUUAUAAACAGAAACUUUAAGUCUAUUCUGAAGCCCCUUAACGUUUGUCAAAAGAAAAUGAUAUCGAAAGCUUUGUUUUUCUUUCUGAGAUGGGGGUCUGCACUACGUAGAUCAGGCUGGCCUCCAAUUCCCUAUGUAGCCAGUGAUGGCCUUAAACAUCUAGUCCUGCCUCUUCCGAGAUUAUAGAUGUGUACAACUACACUUGGUUAGCACAGUAUUAGAGAUGGAACCUACAGUUCAGUCACCAGCUGAACUACAACCCCAGGCCCUGGUCCAGUGUAUUUUUCCUAUGUUUGUCAAAUUUGAAGUGUCUACUCUCGUUUUUAAACCAUUCAUAAUGUUUUCCAUGAAGACACACACACACACACACACACACACACACACGGCAAAUAGCUGGGGCCUGGACACUCUCAGCCCCUGGGGGUUGCUGUGGUGUUAGCAGGACGAUUGUUACAUCAGUGGCAGCAGUUUACUCAGAAUUAGACUGUGGGAGGUUCUAGGUGAGAAUUCUGUCAUUGCUGCCACUGAUGGCUUCCGAAAAAGAUGCCGAAAAAGAUGCCGAAAAAGAUGCUGAAAAAGAUGCUGAAAAAGAUGCCGUUCCUGCCUUACCCAAACUCGACAACAACCAAACAGCGGAGAACACAUCCAAGCCUGUUAAAGACCAGCCUCGACUGCUCAGGGGUGAUGAUAUCCACUUGCCUCGGUUCUCACUAAAGCAAGGGAUGAUCCCGACACGUUACGUUAUGCCUUGGAAAGAAAACAUGAAAUUCAGGAGUGUCAAUCUAAAGCAAGCAGAAGCCUGUGGGAUCUAUGCCGGCCCCUUGGAAGAUUCUCUGUUCUGGGGUUACAGCGAGCGGCUUUGCCAUGGGGAAGAUCGGAAAGCUGUCCUGAAGAAAGGCCCGCCCGAGAUUAAGAUUGCCGACAUGCCUCUGCAUUCACCUCUCUCCAGAUACCAGAGCACAGUGAUCUCCCAUGGCUUCAGGAGGCGACUGAUCUGACGGGAUCGGGAUCGCGGAUCUCGGAAGUUGCUGUCGUUCGGUAGUGGUGUGCUUGUCUAACGCACUCAGGGUUUGAACCCCCACUACUACUAAAACCAAUAAGAUAAAGUAGUUUAGUCUCUUGCCUUC